AUGGUAUCCAAACUCGAGGAUGAAAAAGCCUUUGGGAAGCUGGCCGAGGACAUUGCAAAGCUUGUCUGGGGCUUGUUUAACUGGCCAACAACAGAGAGCAAACGAUGGGUCACUUUGCCGAGCGCAGCGAAAAGGACAACAGAUCUGAGCUCGACCAACGGCUCGCCCGUCGGACCUCCGCGCAACAGCUCCGAGCGCUUGAACAUGUCGCAGACGCGAACACGAAGCCGCGUGUGCUCGUCGGCCAUGCGGUCUGUGGCCGACACGAAAGACACACUGCUUCUCGUCUGCAUUGGGCUACUCGAGGCGCUGGACCGUCUGCAAGAGCGUCUCCACUUGCCCACGUCCAUUGUGAAGGAGCUCAAGCGCCGCUUGGCCAAAAUGGUGAGCCGGUCGUCCAUACGACUCCAGACCGAGUGCCCCAGUGCUCGAGAGCUGGGCGAUGCUGUGGCAGACAGUAGUGUGUGGGCUUCUGCCGAGCCGGAGGAAGUGAAGGGCGUCGUGCACUGGGUGCUGGCGGCUGCUGCAUCGCUGCGGAGCCUCGUGGUCAGCGCGUCUCUCGGUGUGUGCCGUAGCGUCUACGUGGUGGUCAUGAGUUUACCAGGAGUGGCCACGGCCUCGUCGCUGUUUUAUGGACUGCUGCAAGCAGUAGAGGACACACUGCGGCUGUCGAGUGAAGAGCUCAUGGGAGCUGCGUCGACGGACGGAUCGGGGAUCGCCAGCGGACGCAGUCGAAGUUUCCACCACCGCCACCGUCGCAGUGCUGGACAUUACAUGGCCGACCCAAGCUUGACGGCCGUGGUGCUCGAGUACAAAGAGAAAGAACGGAUGGUGCCGUCGAGUAUUGAUCGAAGGAUACGGCGGGUGAUGCACUUUCAGAUCCCGCUCCAUCCGUUUGAAGCGACUGUGCGAUUACCCCCUGAGAACGCGCAAGCAGCCGUGUCUCCAUGGAGCCGAUCAACCAGUGGUGGCAGCGUUGGCGGUGGUUGUCAAAAUCGAGGCCAGGAUGAGACCACUUCAAGCUAUGCUCAUCUGAGUUCCGCGACGCCGCGGUCAAUUCCAGUGUCACCCUUAGCACGCAAGCGCGUGCAGCUCGCCUUUUCGAAUUUCUCAGACGACGUGUUGUACCAAGCUCGCGAUCGACUACGACAGGAGCGUGCGGUGACGCUAACGGGUGAGCACGAUCUACCUGUGCCGCGGUUCAACGCGCACGAUUGUCACGAAGACAUUUAUUUAUCCUGUGGUCGCCACUGUGCGUCCAAGGUUGGUACAGGCAUGUACCGUAGCGUACGCGUAUCGGUGCCACUACCGAAAAACCGGUUGGUGUAUUUCGAGAUGGUGUUGCAGCAAGGACGGACCCCGCUGCGUGUCGCAAACCAAAGCGCCCCUAGUGCUCUGCAAUCAGAACGUCGGUCGUCGUCUUUCUUGGGAAGCGAUGCUAGCACCAGCAAUUGUAACGCGAGCGACCGAGCUGGUAUUGACGCAAGCGUUUGCAUCGGGUUGUCGACGCGGCUGAUGCCACUGAACACUCUCGUCGGGGCGUCGAAGCAUUCGAUAGGAUUCUACUCGGCCGGACACGUUCUCCUUGGCUCCGACAGGCGGCGCUCGAUUGGAGUUGGCCGAAAGUACGGGUUCCAGUCCACUGUCGGGCUGUUAGCUCAGCUAGUAGAUCAGGAGAAUUCCGUGGAAGUUCCGUUGUCUCAGCAAACGUCCGCUUCGUUUUCAUCCAGCUCGGGCGACGACGGGUCAUCCGCAGGUGUAGCGUUUGUGCGCUUUACUGUCGAUGGGAGUGCCGUUCGUGACAGCAAUAAUCGCGUGAUGGAGUUCACAUUACCAUUUCCGUCUAAAAGUGAGCUUUAUCCGACAUUGACACUGCAUUCUCAGGAUGUCCACGUGUUUGGCCAGAUGUCAGCACCGGAUAUCAGCGGGUUGAACUUACAGGAGCUAGAUUUGCCUGCUGAAAAGCCUGCUGAGAUAUGGUGUCUCGAUGGCUUGCGCUUGAAUAUUCCAGCUUAG